CAUUCAACUUUAUACUCCCAACCGGAGAUUGCCAAUCUACGAAAACGUAGCCUCUUAAUGAAGUUAAUUGAUACGCAUUAGCCAACAGAAUAAACAUUUUUAAUGCGUCCCAAGUGCUUAACUACAAACACCCUCACACGCCCGCCCCAAGUGCAACAAAUACAAGAUCAAAUUUAAUAUCGAAACUUGAACAAUGUAAACACCAAAAUAAGGAAACUUAACCUCAACAAACAAAACAGCGAAUAGAGCAAUAUUAAAUAAAUAAUACAAAUCAUAAUAUAUUUAAAUGUUUACUAAACUACUUACAAAAUUUCAACAACGCACCAAUGCCAGCAACCUGCCAAAAUAAAAACGCCAACACCAGCAACUUAUGCGGUAGAUCAAAAUUCCAUCUUCGUUCUUAACUUAAAAUCAUUCAAAAAGCUCUUUGUAUGGGUAUGCGCAGCUGCAAUUACAGUCGCAAACGCCACGAGAAUUGUAAGGAAUAGGCGUCCAGCUGGCUGCACCCAUGUAGGAGAUUGGAACGCGACAUGGAUAUACAUAUGAAAAAACUUUCGAAACCACGCAUGGAGGAAUACGAGCGCCGACGCAGACGUGAACGAGAAAAAUAUGAGCGCCAGCAGGGGAUACAAAUCGACGACCGCGAGACUAGUCUUUUUUCCGAGCCGAGACGAGCCAAUCCUUCAGAGGAAGACACGGGAAUUACGGCUGCAUUGGGUGAAUUCGUUACUGCGCGCGAUUUCAUCAACCAGAACACCGUUGGCAUAUCUCGGCAGGCGCCGGGAAGUAUCAUCAACAAUACGGGAAAUUCACGCAUGCCCAAAGUUGGUUCUACGGUGCCAAGUGCACCUUUAGCACCCAGCCAGCAGCAGCAGCAACAACAUCACUACCAACCUCGUCCCCCCACCUUCUUAAAGCAGGCUGACAACAAGCCACCAUACAAUGGACGUGGAGGCUAUCCCGGCCAGCCCAUGCAAAAUGACAUACCAUCGAGUAGUGGCAUGGCUCCGCCAAGAGGUCCACCCAGACCUGGCAGCAGCAACAAUAACACUUCCAGCGCCACAAACAACCUUUCGGCGGCGAAAACCACAGUGACGACGCCAUUGGGUCCUCCGAUUUCCACGCAAAUUCCAAAUGGACGGUUGUUAACAGAAAAAGCCUUCCAGGGCCCAACGACUCUGCACAAUGGUGGUCGUUUUGUUCAACCGACGACAGGCAAACCACAGCCGGCACCAAAAGAGAAAGACGUCUCCAAGAUAAUUAAAGAGAUGACCAAUAACUUUGCUGUCACGCCGCUAACGUCCAUAGCCGCAACACCUCUUGCACCUGUGCGUGAAAACUACAACCUAAACGGGCCCAAUAAGUUUAAGUACGCCUUUGAUACGAUGGUUGAUCCCAUAGGGCCCCUGGGCUCACCUCCAUUAUCGGGUAUUUCUGCUUCCGCUUCGCUUCUGCCGCCACCACAUCCGCUAGUGACACCUAAACCACCCAUCACAUCACCCAUACCGCGCCUGAAUACUCCACCUCAAGCGAGUAUUUUACCAACAACAAAGGCAUCGCCGACUCCUGCAACAGCAACAGCGCUAAAACCAUUAAAAAUUGAUAAAAGUGGCAGCAAUCAUACGUUGGAGAAACAAGACUCUUGUCUCGAAAACGAUUUGGAGUUGUCGGAAUCGGACGAUGACCGCAAAAAAGAUGGCCGCUCGGUGUGCAACUCUAGCAACAGUUCCGAGUCCGACAGCAGUGAAUCGGGCAGUGAGGAGUCCACCAAAGGUGAGCCUCUACAAAAGCAACUCCAGCAGCAGCAACAACUACAGCCACUCCAGCAACGUCAGCAAGUAAACGCGGUAGCGGCGCCGACAACAACAGCAGUGAUCUCAACAGCUUCUGGUAAUGCCAGCAAAAAGAAGUACAGCCAGACGAUUAUUGCUAGUGGUGGCAACACUAUCAGCGGCCUAUUAACCUCCAGUGGCUUGGGCGGUAGCGGUGGUAAUGCCAGUGGUGGUGGUGGAGGUGGAGGAUCUGGGAGUUCGGGCAUUGGUAUGAGCAGCUCUUCAUCUUCGAAUAAGACACCGUCACCGACAGAGUGCAAUAAGUGGACACUGAGUCGCUUCUUUAACAAACCUGCUAACCAACCCGCAAAUGAAAGUGUGUCCCCGGGCAGUUCCUGCAGUCAACACGUUAGCAUGAAGGUACCAGGAAUUUUGCCCGGCGGUGCCCAAAUCAUUCCCGAAUCUAUUGACGUCACAACUGCAAUUGUAAAGAACGAGAAAUUGCAUGAUGGCGAUGAGGACGAGGAUGAAGAAGACGAUGAAGACAACAACGAAUCGGGAAACGGGACACAGGCCAUGAGUGGCUUACGCUAUGGCUCCGGUCUAAGUGUUACGCCUGUCGGUAUAACACCUUUCAACAUAAAAAAGGAAGCGCUGGAGCAGAAGCAACAGGCGUUAGUUUCGUUGACUGCACCGGUACAACAGAUGACGGCUCAGGACUGCGUGGCCAUACCAAAAAACCAAAUAAAGCGCGAGUCUUCUGCACUGCUCGAAGAUCAGCGACGUGCUGAUGGCCUACUCCGUCAGUCUGACGCUAAUUCAACUAGCAGCUCGGACAGUGCCUGUGAUGUGGCGGGAGCACAAGUACUUCCCAUGCUUGGUCCAGAUGGCACGCUUCAAAUUCCAGGCGUUCCCGCAGAUAUUACAGCAGUAUCGGUACCUAAGCUUGCGGGCAGAAACUUGAACUCACAACCCGUACAUAGGAGCCCCGUCAAUAGCGUAACGUUAACACCUAUAGGACCGCUUCCAGCAUCGCCUAAGGCUCGACAGAAAAAGCCACGAAAGAAGAAAAUGUCUGCUGCGACAGUGCAUUCAAUGGACUCAAGUGAUGAUGACGAACCUACAGCAGCUAAGCAGAAAGUAUAUCGGGACGAUGCCUUAGAGAUGAGCGGUGCUACAACGACGGUGGUGGCAUCUACGUUGCCAACGACAACAAUAACUGCUGCACCCAAGAAAGGCAGAGGACGACCUCGAAAACAACAUCCUCAACAGGUAACCCCAACAACGACGGCGGGAGCGCCACAUCGCACACCUCAGAGCGGAAACUUGAGCUCCACGUCAACCUCCUCGCAAGCUAAGGGUCCGACCCUGACCGCCAAAAAGCUAGUGACGAAGACAACUACAGCGCGAAAGCGCGCAAACUCAAGCAACUCCUCAACGAGCACCACACCCACUAAAAAACUCAAUAACAAUGUUGUCCUGACGUCGACUAUUAAGCAACCAGCGUCUUAUGCUAAGUCGCCCAGCAGUAGUUCCUCAAACGAUGAGGACAGCUCAAGCAGCAGUAGCAGUAGCUAUUCCAAAUCUAGCUCUAGUAGUAGCGAAACUGAGACAGAUAAGCGCAGUGAGCAGGCAGUAAAUAGACGCGUUGUUAACAUAAACAUGCGAGCUGCGCAGCCAAAACGGUUCCCAGACAGUGUAUCCAGCUCUAGUAGCAGUAGCUCCAGCGAUGAGGAAGCUGAAGAUGAUGACGAAGAUGAGAACGAUGGCAAUGAAGCGUUGCCACAAGCAACUGCAGCAGAGUUAACAUGUGGGAGAGCAAACACUCAACAUCAAUCUCCGUUUAAGACCGCAGCCCCUGCACUGGCAUCAUCAUCUCACAGUCGUUUAUCUACAUCUGAAUCGUCCAGCGCCUCGAGCAGUAGCGAAGACGACCAUCGCUCGAGCAUCGAAAAGAAGCGUAAGAGUGAUGUCGAGAAGAGAAGGAAGACGGAUAAAAACAAAAUCAACACGCUUACCCGUAUAUUCAACCCGAAGGAAGGUGGCGCCAAGAAACAGGGCCAAGUGGUCAUAAUGGAUCAGUCCGAGGAAUUGCAAGUCAAAGAGCCGUCUUCAACAUCAAUGAACGCAUCAUCGUUGGGUACAUCGCUCACGCAGGUGAUACCAAAAACAAGCAACCAAAGCACUGUGCACUCUCCGCGUCUCACGCCCGGUGGCCAGCGGCUUAAAACACCCACGCGCACGCCUCCGACGCGCACGCCAACGCCUACGACGCAGCAGUUGUUGCAGCAGGUGAGCGCAGCUUCCCUGCUAAGCACGGCAUCUCCAGCACGCACCACCACGCCGCAUCUGACCUCCCUCAUUUGUAAGAUCGACCUCAGCAAGCUGGCGCGUGUGCCCGCUGAGUGGAAUCAAAACAGCUACCGCCUGCACGAGAAAUCCGCUGGUGGCACACGUAUCAGCACGCCUGCUUACGAUCACGAGACUAUACUCAACGCCGAUCUGCAGGCUUCCACACAAGCUGCACACAUGAGACUGAAGGCGCAAAGCGAACGGGAACGGGAGAGGGAACGCUCACGCUCUGGAGACAACAUUCACGAGUUACAAAACGGCCAUCUGAGCAGUCGUUCUGCCGAUGGUGCAUGCACACCAAAGGAAUUCACCACUUAUCCUGCACAUUUAACGCCUAACGGCUAUGCGCCUGUGACCACUACUGCAAAACGCUCGCCCGCCUGCCAAAAGACAUUGGGUAAUGUCAAACCCGAGCAUAGCGUCAAGUACGAGCCGGAGCUGGAUGCCGGCUACGAAACAAAGUACAAACCCAGUGUUAAACAGGAGUUCAUGUUGAAGCAAGAACAGCUGGCGGCCACUAACGACUCGCCCAACUCUGCGAGUGGAGACAGUAAACCGGUGCGUCGACGCAAACGCAGCUCUAGUUCUAGCUCUAGUCCUUACAAGGAAAAAAAGCGGAAAAAAGAGAAAAUGAGCGAUCUAAUUGUGCCCGCAGCACCCAAGGAGCUGCCACUACUACCGACCAACCACGAGCGAUUAUCCCUAGACAAAAUUCCAAAUGCGGUACCCAAGCUAUUAGCGCUCUCCCCUUUGCCUCCCCCACCAGCUACGUGCAGCGAGGCGGUGCAAACAACGCCGCCACAGCAAUUGCCGGUGACGCAAUGUUCAGUUGCGCCGGUAUUGACGCGCGUCAUCUACCGAUCAUACUUUGAUCGUGAGGAUGAGCCCCUAAACGACGACAUCAAAAACAAUCACUUCCUGCAAGAGGCUAUUAAACGCAAACAUGCCGCUGAUUCAGAGCGUGACUCUUUUAACCAAGUCACUCUCUAUCUGGAAGCUGUCGUCUACUUUCUACUCGCUGGUGCAGUGAUGGAACGUUGCAGCACGGAGUCGGUUGUUUGGACCAUGUACAAGGACACCUUGAUGCUUAUUAAGUUUAUUUCCUCCAAAUUUAGGACGUAUCAGCAGUCAACAAAUGUGCAGCACGAAACGCACAACAAGGUUGCCAUUCUAAGUUUGCGCUGCCAAUCUUUGAUAUCUCUAAAGCUUUACAAACUGCGACGCUCAAAUUGUCGCGCUGUUAUCGCCAGCUGCAAUGAGUUCUUUCGCAGUGGCAGGGGUGAUAUGGUAAAUGGCAAUACGCCAUCUUCUAUAUCGCCCUCGAACUCAGUAGGCUCGCAAGGGUCAGGUUCAAAUACACCACCCGGUAAAAUAGUGCCUCAAGAUAUACACAAUCAGUUGUGCAAACAAAAUGAGUACUUCACUUAUGUGAAUAGCGCUCACGAUUUAUGGGACUUAGCCGAUCGAUUGGUUCGUACGGGCAAUCACACAGAUUUUUUUCGCGAAUUAGAUCACGAGAAUGGACCACUAACAUUGCAUAGCACCAUGCACGAGGUGUUUCGCUAUGUGCAGGCGGGUCUUAAGACGCUCCGGGCCGCCGUGCUUCAUCCACAUUCACAGCAGCUUCAGGGGCAGUAGCGCUGCUCCAUUCUGUGCUCCGAUGUAUUCUACAAGCCACCACAACCAAACGUUUGUAAAAAGUCAGGCCAAAUUAACUACUACAUAUAUAUUACUUUUGUUUUACAACUUUUAAUCAGUUUUUGUAAAACGGAAACAAACACACAUACACAUAUUAGUUUAUAGUGCCACAAUUUGUUGCUAAUUUAUAAUUUUUUUAUAGGUACACAAUUUACUUAUUUUCCUUAUGCUCAAGUUAUCUUGGUUUUAACACUAAGCUCUUUAAGCUUUAUAUUUAUGUCUAGAUUGUAAUUAAGUAAAGUAUUUCAUAUAAUGUGAAAGAAUUGUAAACAUUUAAGCUAUGCGCCCCAACUCAACCUCAAUCGCAGAACGAAAGUAGUCUAGAACCUUCGGCUGCAUUGACCUAAAGAUUUAGUUGAAUUUUGUUUUUUGGUUUUUUUUUAAUUUUAAGUUAGUUAAUUUUUUAUGCGAAAACACAGCGACAAUCUUUUCAAAUAUUCUCGCUGCGCUGCAUCACCCCAACUAAACAUAUAGUGAUAAUUGGCUACAUAUAUUUUAUAACUAGAUACAUAAGCAAAAUGAAAAGAAAAUCCAACCAGCUGAACUUUAAAUUGUUGCAUGUAAAUAGGCAAAAGAAGUUUUCAGUUACGUUACCGUUCCGCAAUUUUUACUAAAUUAAUUGUAGCGCAUAUUUCACUGUUUGUAUGUUUUAUUAUGUUAUUUAUCAAAACAAAUUACAUAAGUUGGUUUUAUUUAGCUCUUAUUAAAAAUAGUUAUUUACUACCUGUA